CUUCCGCCUUCUCCCGUGCAAAUGGCCCUCACCUCUUGUUGAUACCCCGACUUUUCUUUCCUUAACCUUUCUGGACAUCCCACAUCUCGCCCCGCCUUCACUUCCACACUACAAACCAUAAUGUCUCUUUGAUUUUGAAUAUUAGCCUGAACCGUCUUCCACCCGCCAAAAAAAUUGUUCACGACCUCCCCCACCCCAGACGUCCUGGAUCACCACCACUUGACAUCAAUCAGACAUGUUGGAUGAAAUCCCACUAGAAGAUCAAUAUGUCUUCACGUCAAUGCGCUACGAUGGCUCGAUGAAGCGCAACGCGCAAAAUCCCGUGUGUUGUCCGGACUCGAAGGCUGCGUAUCUCAUCAAGUAUCACUACGAGCGUCUGGUCACUGCCGCCGAUCAUCUGGGCUGGUACGACACCAACAAGAGGCUGAAAGGACCCGUUGAUCUGUUCAAUCGUAUCCAAACUGCCGUUGCCGAACACAAGAAGAAGACUGGCAACAAAUGUCCAUUCAAGGUUCGAGUAUGCUUGCGUCACAACGGGAAAAUGGAAAUCGGGGUUGAGCCAAUCAUGGCCAUGAAGCAACCACUUCUCUUCCCGACCACACUGGAUCUGGGCAAGUCAAGCCAGGAAGCGGCCUCUCAAACGCCCAUCUUCAAAGCUGUACUGGAUGUUCUGCCUACUAGGACUACCACGUUCACCCGCGACAAGACUCACUACCGCACAAUGUACAACUAUGCCAGGCAGUGCGCAUCUAUCCAGUCAUACCAGGACGCCAAGGAGGUCAUCUUGUUCAACCGCGACAAUCAGGUCAUGGAUGGAUCCAUUACGACUCCUUACUUCUAUCGCGACGGUAAAUGGAUGACUCCGCAUAGAGACUGUGGAGGUCAGCAAGGAACCACUCGUCGCUGGGCUAUUGACCAAGGCAUCUGCCACGCCGGCAUUAUCGACAUUACUUCCAUCAAGCACGACGAGAUCAUCUGGCUCAGCAAUGGUGUCAAAGGCUUCUUUACCGCCCGCUUCGUGGCUUGCAACGAUCGUCUUGCCCGCACGCCUAGCUACGAGUCUCGCAUCUCACACGUCUCUCGCAGCGACAGUGGCAUCGAUGAAAUGCAUUCUCUAAAAUCUCAUCAGGACGAAGUUGCCGAAGACGACAUCGAGCCCACACGUCAAAAAUGGAGCCCCGAACCGGGAUCUGACGACUUCAGAAAUUCUGCUUUUGAUCUCAACGUCUUCGAGCGUGCAUUGAAGCUGUAGAUGCCUUUCUGCUUUCCCCCUUUCUUCCUUCAAUUCUGUUACUUG